AUACAACCAAUAUUCAUUCACAAUAUACAAUUUCUUCAUUUUCUUCUCCUACAUUCUUGCUCAAACUCUCUUUAGUAUAGAUUAUGGGUAUCAAUUAUCCAACAAUGGUGCUCUCGUUGAGAGGUUGAACACAAUCAAGUGAGAAAACCUCCCCAAAUAACCAAAAAUCAUUCCAAUCACAACAAAACCAGCCAUAAACUGUUCUGGAAAUUGCAAAAAAAAGAACGACGAGAUGAAUCUGCCACUUCAGACCGGAGAGGUCCCAGCUCUGACCGGAGAAUGGUCAUCGUCCAAGCCAUCGCCUACCGCCGCACCUGGCCUAGGAACAAACGCGGAGGUCGCCGUCAAGAUCUCACGUGCCCUGCUUCAGGACACGUCACUGCUCCGGAUCUGAUUCUCCAAGGAUGGUCUGUCAUCAAUGGCCGCCUGGGAUCACCUAGAAGAGAUGAACGAUCCCGCGUCCAGUUUCUCCACCUUCGCCACAGUGACAAUAGACGCUUGAAGUUUGCUUCUCCGCCCAUUCCUCCACCUCAGUCCCAGCGCCGCCCAGCUCCUGGCUGCUCCGCCGCGUCUCCGGUCGCCAUCGCAGAUCGAAGGUUGGAGCCAGGUCCAGGACUGGCAUCUUCAUGGUCACCUCGGUUGCUGGAGCUCGGCCUCAAACAUCUUCCAUUAAUGGCCACAACGAGCUCCCGGUGCAAAGCCUCCAGUCCAAAUCUCGCCGGAGGCAGGUCAACGUGGCACGAAACAGCUUCUGUUCCGGCGAGCCCUCUUCCACUCUCCGACGACGACGACCAAAGAUAUUACCAACAACGGUCCGAGCAGGCGACAUUUGAGCACGAGGACCGGCAGUGCUCGAUGAUGGAAGGGGUCGGAGGCCACUUCCUUCUGACCGACGGCCACCAUCUGCCUCUCUCGCCUCCAUUUCCGGCGGCAGAAAAGGUGGGGCGCAUCCUCAGACUGUCCUUGCCCUGCCGCGACCACAAUUUCCACCGGCAGGAAUUGACCCGCAUGUGCGGACUGCAUCUGGGUUGGUAGAAAGGCUCUUCAUCUGCCUUUUCCAAAAGAUUAGCUCCGCAGAAGUGCUUUGGUCUCAAGCUGACCACGUCGGCAAGAUUGAAGCAAAGAAAUGAAAGGCCAAUUUCCUUUCAAGCUUAAACCGAGGGCAGCGUAUUUUUUUUGACAGAAUAAUUGGGAUCUUUGGCUCUUGCAAGGAUGUGGGAAAUUUUGACCAAGUCAAAAUUGCAAAAAGGGAAUCCAAUCAAUUUCAAAAUUGAUAGCAGUGGGUUACACUACAUGUUAUCCAACUGAGCUUUUGAACGGGCCCAAUUUCAACAUCAGCCCAAUAUUUUAGCCCAAGCAGUCCAAUAUUUCAGCCCACUUCAAAAAGAUAAGUACUCUUUAAUUUUCAUAUUAUUUAUUUUUAUUUAAGUUAAUUUUUUGUCGGGCGAGCAUCACACUAUCACGCACUUAUGAUCAAAUACCUAGUAGAGUGUGGCUUGAGACCCAUCACUAGGAUUUAAAGCCCUGACUCCUUAGGCACAAAGCUCUGUCUCCUCAGGCACAAAGCCCCGACCAAGUCGGGCAUGAAGACAAAACCCCGACCAAGUCGGGUACGAAGACCGGUCUUAGUCAUUCCUCGAGUGGCGACCGUUGCUUACGAAUGGCUCACACAUCCAUUCUACUAAGUAUUUUAUCAUUACAUUAACAAUUCACAUCUCCACUUGUUUCAAGUGACGAACUCCCGAUCGGGAACAUAAAUCCCAAGAAAUUUUUUUUAUAUGUAUGAUAAAUGUGUAGGUACGAAGAUGACUUUACUCAUUUUCACCUCGUCUCCAGUCGCCUCAAAGAGUAGGGACUGGGGGACUGAGGGGUCAGAGUUUCUAGAUGAGCAGAAAAUAUCACGCAAGAGCAGGAACGAGAGCUGAGUCAGUUGAAGAGGAGCUGAGCUAGAUUGAUUAUGCCGGAGGGGAUUUACCUUCCUUGUUUCAUGUUGGGGGCGCUAGGUGUACUCUUUUUCCCUUUAUUAGGAUUUUUUCCCACUGGGUUUUUCCUAGUAAAGGUUUUUAACGAGGCACCUCCCCAUAAUGGACAAGGGUGGUGGUCCCCCGGCCGAAGAGGAAGAACAUUGCAGAUACAGUUUGGACUACUCCCUUUCGCCUCGAGUACUCUCGACUCAGGGAGUGGGGGACUCCUGAUGGAUUAUAUGGACUCCGACCCCCCCAGUAUGCCGACUACUAGGCCUGGACAGCGGCCCACACACGUUUAGCGGAUAUCAUUAAUAUUAUUGUACAUUAUUAUUAUUAUUAUUAUUAUUAUUAUUAUUAUUAUUAUUAUUAUUAUUAUUAUUCAGAUGUUCUAGAUUAACUUUUUAUACUAUCAGUCCAUUUGUGUAACCGGGUCUGUCAGGUCCAUAUUAGAGGCCCAGACCCGGAUUUUCCCUAUAUAUACUCCUUAUAGGAGGCUUGUAACUCAUACCACCAAUAUUCAUUCACAAUAUACAAUUUCUUCAUUUUCU